AUGAUCAUAAUCCCACACAAGGAGGAAGGAAUAGAACUGGGGGAGGAAAUUCCUACUGAAGGGUGGGAGGGAUGGGAGGACAUAGAGGUGGGAGGAGGAGGGGAAGAAGAGGAAGAGGAAGAGGAUGGGGAAGAAGCGGAGUACCUGGUCAUCAUCCCCAGGGUAAACCAGACAGACUUCGUAGGUGACCUCCUGCCCUCCCUCAGGCCCUCCCCCCGCUUCCCCAGGCAGGACGACCACAACCACCACCACCACCACGACUAUGAUGACCCCAACCACCACCCCCUUGCUUCCCCUGACCCCCACGACCAUCCCCUUGCUUCCCCUGACCUCCAUGACCUCUCCCCUGAUUCCCACGACCCCAACGACCUCUCCCCUGAUUCCCCUGACCCCAACGACCCCUCUCCUGAUCCCCACGACCCCUCCCUUGAUUCCCACGACCCCCACGACCUCUCCCCUGAUUCCCCUGACCCCAACGACCUCUCCCCUAAUUUCCCUGACCCCCACGACCCCUCUCUUGAUUCCCCUGACCCCAAUGACCUCUCCCCUGAUUCCCCUGACCCCAACGACCUCUCCCCUAAUUUCCCUGACCCCCACGACCCCCACGACCCCUCCCCUGACUCCUAUGACCGCCUGGACGACUACGACACGGUGAAGGCUUUUGAGGCAGAGUCCUUCGAAGGUCCUCUGAAGGAUUCCCACGACCCCUUGAACGACCCCUAUGAUUAUACGCCAAAGGACUCCACAGACGACCUCCUUGACGACCUCUAUGAUCCUCUGAAGGACUUCGACUACCCUGUGAAGGAUAUCUUGAGGAUCGUAUCUCCUACUGCAGCAACCCCGCCUGGUACUCGCGCCCUGCCUGUACCUGUAUUUAGGGGCACAGGUGAGCAGGGCUUCUUCUACAGGGGACAGUACUCGCCUGAACCCCAGAGUCCUACGGGUGAGGCUACAGACAUAGGCGCACAGGUGUUACAGGCGCUACAGGCCAUCACACAAGUGUCUACAGGUGCGAUACACGACCCCACGACCUCGGCACAUGCACCUACGACCCUGGACGACCCCUCUGUACGACCUCGACCUCCGGCUGGGGCAGAUUUCCUAAUUCCCGACGACUCUCUGCAGGACGGGGGAGAGAACGACCCUCUAAACGACCCUCUGAUAGGACCCGGUGGUGAAACUUAUGUCCUUGACCUUCACGACCCCCAAGAAAACAACCCCAGCAAGAACGACUCUCUCCUACGACCCAGCGGUGAAAUUGGCAUCCUCACUCCCAACGACCCUAAAAAUAACGACCCCCUUGGACGACCCACGCCCGAAACAGAUGUCCACGACUCCCAAAAUGACUUUUCCACACGACCCAACCCUGCAGCAGACACCCUCAGCCACCACGACCCUCAAAACGACCCUCCGAAACGACCCCAGGCUGAGGUCCACCUUCUGAACCCCAAGGACUCCACGGAACACGGUAUCCUGCAGCCUCACGCCCCUGGGGAUAUACUGAAGGAGGAGGUGAAGGAGGAGGAGUUAGAAGGAGUGUCUCUCUUCUUCAGCAAGUCAGCGGUUCCUUCAGGAGCUCUCGGGAUCUCCUCCCCUCCUGCAGCGCCUCCUUCAGGUCUCGUGGCGCCCUCAGGAGGCUUCCCUCAAGAUCAGUAUAUCCUGCAGUUCUUUAUCCCUGAGUAUGACGAGGAAAACGGCGAGGACAAGGACGAGGACAGCGGCGAGGACAGAGAGGACGAGAAUGCAGUGGAUGUUUUGACUUCGUUCGAGAGAGGACAAGAAAACGAGGCCUUCUUGAAUGAGGAUGAGGAGGAGGAGGAGGAGGAGGAAAGUAAGCUAGUGGAGGAAAACGAUAGUGUAAGAAAUGAAGAGUCACCUUUGGAGGAAAAAAGCUCUGUACAGGAGGAAAGAAGCCCUUCGCGGGAAAACGGAAAUGCAGAGGAGGAAGAUUAUUAUUUUGAGGAGGACAAUUACUCUUUAGAAAAGGAAAAAAGCCCUUCAGAGGAAGCAAAAAACCCUUUGGAGGAGGAAAACAGUCCUCUAAACAAAAUUCAGCCAUUAGAACAGGAAAACAAUUCACCAGGGGAGCAAAACCAGGGCAAUCAGACCCCGGGGGAGACCAGCCCUUACUUUGACCCCCGGGUGACAGUGAGCCCCGUGCCCUACCAGCCACGCCCCUUGGAGAACACCACCCUCACGCCCCAGGAACUGCUACGGUACCAGGCCUUCCUCUUCACCCUCCCCCCGCCCCCCAGUGCCUCAGGGGGCGGGGGACAGGGGAGCGGGGUGCACGGGGGCGCUGGCAGGGUUGUCAGUGUGGACAUAGGAGCGGUGCCAGCCAGGAAUACAGGGGCGUUUGAGGACACUGUAAUUAAAGGCCUGGGGACACCGCUGGGGACGUCACGUGACCGCCCCGCCACCUCACCAAUCCCUAGUACAUCUGCAACACCUACCACUGAAGUCCCCACCUCUGCUAAGGCCUUUUCCUCCUUCCCCACCGCUCCCCAAUCAUUGUCCUCCUUCCCCACCACUCCCAAGGCCUCUAUCUCCUUCCCCACCACUCCCCAAUCCUUGUCCUCCUUCCCCAUCACUCCCCAAUCCUUUUCCUCCCUCCCCACCACUCCCAAGACCUCUCCCUCCUUUCCUACCACUCCCCCCACUAGUUCCAGACCCCCUUUCUCUUCCCUAAUCCCCACCACAAGACUCCCCACCACUGCCGUCCCCUCUACCCUCCAGUCCCCUCUCCCCUCCCCCAUCACCACCACAGCUUCGCCCACCUCUACACCCGCUGGUUCUGCUUUCACCUCCUCCUUCCCCACCACCAUUUCCCCAGUCACUCCACUUCAGGAUCUUUCAAUUAGCUUCCCCCCGCCUGUCCUUCACCUAAUCCCGAAGGAGAAGGUGAAGGAGGAGGAGGCAGUGAGGAUUAAGUUACAGCGCCCUCCCCUCGCCUCUCAUCUCCCUUUCCUGGAGCUUGAUGAAGGAGUUUUUGCCUUCAAGGACACGCCAGAUGAGCUCCUUCGCAUCCUUCAGGGCUCCACAGGACACAGGGAUACCCAAGGGCACGAGGACAUCCUAAACCCGAAUCCUAUAAUCUUCCCAAGACCUCAGACAGAAAAAGACGCCAGCUUACAGACACAAGCACACAUCCACACGCCCACCCACGCCCCUCGCACCUCCACGGCCGCGUCCUUCCCGCCCGUGGACAUAUCCUUUCAAGGAGUCCCGGCAGUCAAGAUACACGAGGUCUACCUGACGGAGGGAGAGAAAGAGGUCUUGCUUACAGACACAGACAGAGAGGAGGUCCUACUGACUCAGGAUAAGGAGGACAUCCUGCUAACACACGAUGAAGGAGACGCAGAAGGAGGCACAGGGGAGUUUCCAGACAUCCUGACGAAGAAUUCACCAAGGGUACCACUCACCAUCCCCGGCAGAGUAGAGCCCACACAGGAACCUCUCCAGAAUCCUCCUGAAGAAGGCGCAGAAGUGAACACAAAACUUAAAGAUGAGGGGACGCCUUGCCCUCAUCCUGACGGCCCCACUGAGGCACCUAGGACCCCCACCACCACCCAAGGUCCUCCCCCGCUACUAGGGAGACUUCAGGAGCGUGACCAGAACACCCAGGGACUCAUUGCCGCCCUGGGGGACCUCACACACACCCCUGAUGUACCGGAGUCAUUGAUUUACCUAAUCGACUCCUCUGAGGACCCUGGGGACGCCCUUACAUUUACCCCUGACAUCCCUGGGGCCGUGGACACCCUUACACCACCAAGGGCGCCGCAGAUCACCCCGACAAGGACGCAGGACACCACCACCACCACCACCACUACUACAAUAUAUAUCUCAUUCACCCCAAACAUCCCAUACACUCCAAUACCGAUCAUUAAGCUGUCCCCCAUAGUCACCCCUUCACCCACCCCAUCACCCCCCCGCCUCACUGCCACCCCCCAGUUACCCCGCCAGCAGGUACAAAGCCAGGGGCAGGAGUGGGUGUGGACUGGAACGGGUGGGGUGAGAGAGGCGCCUAUAAGUGGGGGUGUGGGUGGGGGAGUGGGUGGGGAGAGAUGGGUGUGGGCGACCAGUCAUAGAUUCUCCCCCCCACGCUCCCCUCCUGUGUCACCUUCCCUCUCCCCCUCCCCCUCCUCCCCGACUCGCCCCCUCCACCAGUGGUUCCCCAGCCUCCCUCUUCCCCCCACCCUAGCUCCCAGGGGCGUCAGGAAGCAGCCCACGCCCACGCCCUCCUCCAUGUACGCCCGCACCAAGGACUCCUACUACAGAAGGAUGUAUUGGAACUCAGCGGGCAGAUCCUUAGGGUGA